AUGCCGAAGAACAAGGGAAAGGGAGGCAAGAACCGGAAGCGGGGCAAGAACGAGGCGGACGACGAGAAGCGGGAGCUGGUGUUCAAGGAGGACGGGCAGGAGUACGCGCAGGUGACGCGGAUGCUGGGCAACGGCCGCUGCGAGGCGCUCUGCAUCGACGGCACCAAGCGACUCUGCCACAUCCGGGGCAAGAUGCACAAGAAGGUGUGGAUCGCCGCCGGGGACAUCGUCCUCGUCGGCCUGCGCGACUACCAGGACGACAAGGCCGACGUCAUCCUCAAGUACAUGAACGACGAGGCCCGCCUGCUCAAGGCCUAUGGCGAGAUCCCCGACAACGUCAGGCUCAACGAGGGCGUCGUUGACGAGGAGGACGCCGGCGCGCAGGAUGACUAUAUACAGUUCGAGGACGAGGACAUCGACAAGAUCUGA